UGGUAAUCAUAUCAUAUUGUUUUGCGCCUUCCAGUGAUCAAGAUCCUCAAGUCAAAUCGUCACAGACGUCGCUGUUACAGUCAGUUCUAGUUUCAAGGAUUACGUUUUCGUGGAAAAUAAAAAUAUCGUAAACAUGAAGAUUGUGAUUGUCCUUGCCGCUGUCAUCGCUGCCGCAUCCGCCCAGAUUCGUCCCCUUCCGGUGCCGCUGAGACCGGUUCCGUACGGAGGUCCUGAGGCUGGAGCCGUCAUCCUGAACCAGGUGUACGAGCCCAACCCAGACGGUUCGUACAUCUACAGCUACGAAACCAGCAACGGAAUCCGUGCCGAGCAGCGUGGCUUCCUGAAGAACCCCGGAACCCCGGGAGAGGCCCAGGUCAUGCAGGGAUCGUACUCGUACACCGGCCCAGACGGAGUGGUCUACACCAUCAACUACAUCGCCGACGAGAACGGAUACCGCGCUGAGGGUGCCCACAUUCCGGCCGCACCCCGGGCGUACAACCCACGCUUCCCGGGUGCCCCAGGGCCGUUCUAAAUGACGACCUUAGAGUGUCGUCACCUUCAGCACGCCCCACCGCCAGUGUAGUUAUGAUAUUUAUUGGAAAAGUUCGAACUAAGCAAGCAAAAGUUCACUUUGCUGUCUGCUCCUGCUUACGUACAACUGUUUCAUCAAUUUCCAGCGCAAAAAGCAGACAUCUUUGCUGCCCGAAGACCCUGUGAAUAUUCAUUCGAUUAGUGUGUACCGCUGUGAUUAACAUUCAUUCUUCCUAGAACACCUUCUAUCCCAUCUGCUUUUUGUUGAGUAAUAGCAAUUACUGCUCCUCCCUUUUCGCGCCCGAUCAUGGAGGCGUUAGUAGUAGAACCACCCUUCAGUCCCACCUUCCCAGCUAUUCUGCCAUUUUCUAUGUACACUGUAUUGACUCAUCCCCCGCCUAUUCUGCCAAUCCGCGUGUAAAAAUACUCCCCAAAUAAAAAAAAACACUCUUAUUACGAUAAUUGUAAUUAUACACUCUGUUUAUGAUAAUUGUAUACGCGAAAAGCGAAAGAGCAAUUUUGUACUGUUGUAUUAGCCAAGCCAAUUUUGUGUACUGUAUUAUCUGAGAAUGCGCAAUAAACGUCCUGUUUGCAAAUCGCCCGAGAAGAAGAGGCGCCUUUAGAGUGA